GUGGGAGGUGAGAGCACGCCGCGGUCUUCCAUGAAGGGCGGCCCUGUCAACUAGAAGCGGCUCCGUCGUCCCGAGCGCCGGUAUCUCGCCAUGGACUUCCUGUUAAGCGGCGUGGCGGCGUGCGGAGCGUGUCUGGUGACCAACCCGCUGGAGGUGGUCAAGACCCGCAUGCAGCUUCAGGGUGAGCUGAAGAGUCGGGGGACCUACCAGGUUUACUACCGUAAUGUCUUCCACGCUUUCUACACCAUCGGUAAAGUGGACGGCCUGGCCGGGUUACAGAAAGGCUUGGUGCCUGGAUUGAUGUACCAGUUUUUUAUGAACGGAGUCCGCCUCGGCUCGUACGCCAUCAUCGAGUCUUCUGGUUACAUCCACACGGAUGGAAGGGUCAGUGGGGUGAAGACCGUCUUUGCUGGCGCGGCGUCAGGAGUGAUGGGAGCUGUAAUUGGCAGCCCUCUUUAUCUGAUAAAAACUCAUCUGCAGAGCCAGUCCACCUCCUCCAUUGCUGUAGGACAUCAGUAUAAACACCAGGGGAUGAUCCAUGCCAUGGUGGCCAUCUACAAGGAGUACGGCCUUAUGGGACUGUGGAGGGGCUCCAGUGCCGCCGUACCAAGGGUCUGCGUGGGCUCAGGUGCUCAGCUAUCAACUUUCUCCUCUGCCAAAGAGCUGGUGGUUGAUCUUCAGGUGUUUCCAAAGGACAGCUGGUUUGUUGCGCUGAGCGCGGGCAUGAUCAGCAGCGUGGUGGUGGUGCUGGCAAUGACGCCUUUUGAUGUGGUUGGCACACGGCUCUACAACCAGCCGGUGGAUCAUCAGGGCAAGGGGCUGCUGUAUAAAGGAUUUGUUGACUGCUUUUCUAAGACACUGACGAGGGAAGGGCUGAUGGGACUCUACAAAGGUUUGGAAGCCUCUUAUUUCCGGAUCGGUCCUCACACCAUUCUCUCCUUGUUCUUAUGGGAGGAACUACGCAAAUUUCACCAGCAGUACAGAUAACCGGAACCAGGAAGUUGGAAUUGGUCAUUCAUUAAGCUGUGAGUCUACAAGUUAAAUGAGUUUAUAAUAUUCUGUUUAAACCAAAACCAGGGAGGUUUUUCCUACUCAUUUACCAAGGGUAGUGAUAUUUAAAAAAAAUAAAUACAUUAGAGGACUCUGAAAGGAAGAGAAGAGAAGGGAAAGAAAAGAAAAGCAAAGAGAAGAGAAGAAAAGAAAAGGGAAGGGAGGUAAAAAAGUAGCAUUCAGCACUUGGUGACACAACCUAUUGGGAAACAGGAAAUUAUUUAAUAUAUAUUUAUUAAAGUAUCACUCCUAGCUGUUCAAAUGCAAUAGAUGACCUUGUAGGAGAUGUGUUACUACCGCGAACAGUUUUUCAUUCCUUGCCAACUUAUAAAGAAACCUAUUUUAUAAAAUAUCCAUCAAAAUAGUAUCUGAUGAUCACUUUUCAGGGACCACGCACUUUUGUGCCUGCAAUAAAUCCAUAAUAUGGAUUACAACUGCAAAGAGACUGAACCGGGUGUGGUCAGUGAUCCAAAUUGUCAAAGAUCGAUUAGUGCACUAACAUGUUAAGAUUGCCUUAUAUUUACAUAUAUAUACACCAUGUGAAUAUUUUGUGCAUCAUACUUGCCCUCGUGAGAAAGGAAUGUGUGUUAUUUAUUUGUGUUUCGGGACACAUAAAACUCCCCUUUUGAGUAAAAAAAUAUUUAACUGUAUUGAUUAAAAAAAGGAUGCUGGUGAUUUUCUAACCAUUCUUAGUUGGUGCUUCUAGUACUCUACUAAGUAGUGCAUCAAAAUGUUUUACUGUAAAUCAUUUGUGUGAAUGUACUGUAGAACAAUUUAUUAACAGAGGAAAAACAUGUUGCUUUUUUGUAUUUUGAGUUUUGAGGGACAAGUGGUAGAAAAUGGAUGGCUGUUUUGCGAUAUGAAGACCAUUAUUUAGAUGUGAUCACUGUUUGUUAGUAGUACUGAAUACUAUAAACACAACCUUCUAUGUAUUAUGCAUACAUUUGAAAGACCAGGAAUUUCCAUUUCCUGAUGAAUUUUAAAGGGGAACUGCACUUUUUUGGGGGAAUUUUGCCCAUCAUUCACAAUCAUAAUGAAAGGCAAGACGAUGGAGAUAUACACUCAC